GGGAAAGGGAGAGGGAGUUAUGACUGUGUAAUUCAUUGAAGCGCAUGGCAGUUCUGAGUUCUAGGCUCAAAAAGAUUUUGUUCGUUUGAGAAGAUAUUACGUCCUUUGGUCUUCCACGGUCUACCUCAUUAUUGAAGCGCAUGGGAACAAAUGCUUUCGUCACAAGUCAAUCUUGAGGUCGUCUGCAUCAUAGUCAAACUGGCUCGUGCACAAGAACUGACUUUGCCCUAGUUGUAAAAAUGCAUUUUUUGAUAAACAAAACUUUUCGUUUUCCUUUCCCACCUUCAUUACCUCACCUUCUCGCAGUCCGUUCGGAGGAACCACUCAGUUUCGGAGAGCAACAGUCAGACGUGAUAGCGAUGGUCAGAAGCUCAGGGGUACCACAAUCAGCUGCUGACUUGAUGGAUAAGGAACUGCGAGCUUCCAGACGUUCGCUACGCGGCAUGAGCCAGGACAGCUUCUCGCUUAACAGAACUCCAACUUCAGGUUGUGGACGGCAGAGUGGAGCUUCGUUUAGGUUUGACUUCCCUGCUGACGGCUCUAUUGGCACACUUCCCUCACAAGUAAUUGCGGACUUGUCGUUUGAAAUUCGAGACCGCACUUCUUCGUUCUCCAAACUAUUAGAUACCUCUUCGAGAACCUCGAUAGAUGGAGAACAUGGGAGAGCACGUCCAAGACGAAAGUGCUCAUCUAGAUCACCGGAACAACGUCGUAUGUCAGGGUCGCCAGAACAACGUCUUAUGUCAGGGUCGCCAGAACAACGUCGUAUGUCAGGGUCGCCAGACCGCAGGUAUCGAGAGCAAUACGAGUGGCGGAAAGACAAAGCAUUGUCCAAACUGGUUGGUCGGCAGAAGGAAGCAUCACAAGUGAGACCCCCAGCAAGAGCUAGAUGGUCUGACCAGACGGCAGAGGUUAUUGCUGGCGAACUUGCUCCGGCGACAAGCUCAAGCAAGAACAAACAGACUGAUCAUGUUCAUGCCGAAGGAGAGAACCAGUCUUUCAGAGUUGAGGAAGGUGAGGAUCAUGACGACGAAGUUUAUCCUGCUGCUGAUAAGGUUGAAGAUGAAGCGGAGGCUGAUGG